CAAAGAAGAGUGCAGGCCCGAAAUGAAUCGCAUCGCGCUCACAAGGGCAGCAUGCAUUGGAUAGAGACUAUUAUGCCACUGCAAGUGAGUAGGGAGUAUCAAAGAUUAUGUCAACUAAAUGAACAGCAUGACAUCACUGAGUGGCUGUAUAUGCGCACCCUAGACAGCGUAUCAAUUUUGUUUGCGGAUAUUGUGGGUUUUACCAAACUAAGUUCUCGUCUCACGGCGCUUCAAAUUGUCGUCUUGUUGGGUGACCUGAUGAAACAGUUUGAUGAGGUAUGUGAAGCUACGCAUUAUGAAAAAUUGGGCACACUUGGAGACUGUUACUACUGCAUGGCAGGAAGUCAAGAUUUUAGUAUUUCCCACGCUGUGUGCUGUAUUGAGAUGGGCAUGUGCAUGUGUGACAUUUUGAAGGCAUUCAAUGCCGAACGUCAACAUUCAGUGAACGUACGUAUAGGAAUUCACACUGGGAUCGCUCACGCUGCCAUUCUUGGAUUUGAGAGAUUCCGCUAUGAUGUCUACUCCUACGAUGUACGUAUUGCGAACGAACUUGAGUCCACCGGGAAACCCGGUUUCAUCCAUAUCAGCCAGGCGACGUACGACGAGGUAAAAGACGUAUACAUCGUCACACCCGGUCCAGACUUGGUGGUCGAUAAGCGCGAACAGUCGUUUUUGCUUGACGGAUCCGCUGCAUCAGUGAGUAUCCCGACUUAUUUCAUUGAACCACAAGCCAGAUUGCUACGCGUCAGGAGUAUUUACCAUGGAUAUGCGCACCCGCGUAAUAGAUCAAUCUAUGACUCCACACAGGAGCAGUCAGAGCCAAGCGCGUUAGAGUGGAGCUCUUCCGAUUCUACCGACAUCACAGAGAACUCAGAUUCUUCAUUUGAUAGCACCGACAGUAGCGGUGAAUGGUAUGAAUUCGAAUUAUCCCCUGAGGCACUUGCUGACAUUAAGUUAAGCCAUCAGACAAAUGCGCUUCAUCUGAGGCGAGAUAUGGAACACAUUCAAGACUUGCGUACUGAUCCGGCAAAGCAGCGUCUUUUGUUUCAGUCACCUCCGGUCGACCCUGUGCUUCUGCAAUUCGUGAAUUCUGAAAUCGAGUGGCAUUAUCAGCAACAUUUGCGCUCCAACAUCGGACCAACAUACGUGGAUUCGGAGAAACUGGCUCGUACAGUUGACGCGAUUAUUUAUUUAUGUUCACGUUGCUGCUGUCUAGCAUCGGACUUUUUAACCAAUUUGAUGCUCGGCAAAUCGUCGUUUGCUGUGUGGCACUUUGCAUAGCUUGCAUUAUCUUUGGAACGCUGUGGUUUCUUGGAACAUUUCAUGCAGAUAGUAUUGGUAACGUCUGGUUGAAACAGUACUAUCGGUUUGCUUCACAUCCAAUCGUUCGAGAAUGCUACCUUGGUCUAUUUACCUUUCUCCCUACGAUACUUACGACAACAUUCAGGUACAACACCGUUGGUGAAAAUGCGGCCACACGAAUGUACUUGUUUGCAGCUUUCAAUUAUAUUAGUAUCCUUGUGCACGUGAUCCCAUCUUCGUCCGCUUCCUGGGCCAGAGGUUUGAGUUGCAUUCUCAGUUUCGUCACGCUGAUUAUUACAUUUAUCUUCUAUUUACACCACCUACCCAGAGGACAAUUCUGCUUAACUAACCUUUACCUCGUUUGUGGGGUUCACGUACACAAGUGGAUGAUUGUGCACAUAUAUCAUUUGCUUUGUUGCAGCUUGUUGGUGAUCAUAGUUGCGAGAGAGAUGGAGCGAACAUGCAAGCUAUGUUUCUUUGUACAUAGAGAGGCACAAAUCGAAAGUGAGGCAUCCGAGAAGGCCAUCGCCGAGGCCAAUGAAAUGUUGUUUAACAUUGUUCCAGCCUACGUGUUCGAAGAGCUAAAGGAGACUAGAAAGGGAGAUUUGACCAAAAACCAAGGCACACUUCAUUAUGCUGUUGCCCAUCCGUUGGUGGGUGUUGCCUUCAUCUCUGUCUCGAACUUUUCUCCACACCGUACCGGGAGGAUUUAGGUGGCGCGGAGCGGUCCCUCCGCUUAUUACACACUUAUGUGUGCAUUCGACAAGCUGCUACAUCAUCCAAGUGCGAAGGGUGUUGAGAAGAUUAAGUCCAUGAACGAGAAUUACAUGGUUGCUGCGGGUUUGAAUCGUAAAGAAGUGGCGAAAAAUGCGGACAAACUGAGUCACUUGUGUGCCCUGAUGAGGUAUUGUUUCUUGCUGCGAAAAGUGCUUCAGGAAAUUCGUAUUUACGACCGCACGGGAGUAGCGUUUCUGAAAGCAAAAAUUGGUUACAAUUGUGGCCCGGUUACUGCCGGCAUUAUCGGAACCAAGAAGUUACAUUACGACAUAUGGGGUGAUACGGUGAACGUAGCCAGCCGUAUGUGCUACACUAGUGUGCCAGGGCCGAUUCAAGUUACAGAGGAUGUGAAAAAUUUACUGAGAACCCGUUUUAACUUUGCGUAUCGUGGGGAAUUUUUUGUGAAAGGAAAAGGAAUAAUGAAAACAUAUACGUGCGAAGGUUUUAUUACAAAGGACCUGUAAGCAACUUCCCCUGAUGAAAUUGCAUCCUUUAUCCAUUACCUACUGUUAAUCACUACACCUUUUUUCUAAAUUCCUGCUAAAUUGUUGCCUUUGAUAA